UUGCCCUUGCUCAGUACACUGUCACACAGCUUGUUAUUGGGGUUUAAAGGAACGGCAUCUGCUGAUCAGUAAACACUGAGAGACAACUGCUGACUGAUAAAUACACUAACUCAGCCAUGAAAUUCCAGUAUAAGGAGGAUCAUCCUUUCGAAUACAGGAAGAAAGAGGGAGAGAAGAUCAGAAAGAAAUACCCGGAUCGGGUGCCUGUUAUUGUAGAAAAAGCGCCUAAGGCCAGAGUUCCAGACCUGGACAAGAGGAAAUACCUGGUACCCUCAGAUCUAACAGUUGGGCAAUUUUACUUCCUCAUCAGGAAGAGGAUUCACCUUCGCCCUGAGGAUGCCCUCUUCUUCUUCGUCAACAAUACCAUUCCUCCCACCAGCGCAACUAUGGGGCAGCUGUAUGAGGAUAACCACGAGGAGGACUACUUCCUGUAUGUGGCCUACAGUGAUGAGAGCGUGUAUGGAAAGUGAUGGCACGGACGACACAACCCACCAAAACCAACACCAUCACCUCCCAUGACCAACCAUUUCAACGAAUACCUGACCUCUAGGACUGCACAGCACAUGGAACCUACCAGCUCUGGAUCUUGAUGUCUGUGGAAGGUGUAAGGGGAGUGGGAGGGAAUAGACUUGCCAACCUCAGCAGAUGGAUAGCUCAACAUAAGAAGACAUGCCUGUCAGCAAAUAUGCCUGAAUGCCUGGUGGCCUCGAUUUGUGCAUAUUUAGAUUUGAGCCUCCAUCCAGCACUCUCUGGCUUGGCACAACAUGAAAACUGGUAGGGCAAUGGGGUUCCACGGUGCUGAGCUGGCCACCUUUAGGCUUGGGCUGAGCCAUUCGUUUAUUAGUUGAUUAGUGCAACACAAGCAUUCCCAUUAGUGCGCACCCUACCACGUUUCCUAUUGGUCCAGACUAAGUCUUGUCUUCUCUCACCAGGUUCCCUCUGCUAUGUGGCGAAAGCAAACAGUCCAUAUUAUUUUAUAUAAUCCAGAGAGUUGAAGGCCUAUGGCUGACAAUGAAUGUUUCACCUGUGCCAGGGCUGUGAUUGGCGGAUAACAAUUAUUCAGUCUUUUUUUAAUUUAUCCUCUUUUAUUUUGGUUUAGAAAAUCCGAUCUGUGCUGCCCGGUGGUGGGGCUGUUGAUUAAGCAUCCCUACAACCAUUUUUCUUCAUCAUACCAGUUUAAUGGAUCAUCAGAAUGAUAAUUUCAUCUUCCAUUUCAUAUAAAUCAAGUAUUUUAAUAACCGGUGCCAAGUUUGCUUCAGCUCCACUAACCCAAUGCAUCCAAUCAGCAGGCUGUUACAACUCAACCACUGAUUGGUUGCUAUGGUUUUAAUAGACAAGGAGCAAACAUUACACAGGUUAUUAUAUGCCCCGCUCAUUUUCUGGGAAUCAAAUGCACAUAAAGUAAAUUAUAAGCCAAAUUACUAUUUUUUGGAACGAAAACAACGAUGACAUUUCUGCAUGAAAGUGCGUGUGCAUGGCCUCAAAGAGAUGUAUGGUUGUUAGGUAGGGGGUUAUUAUACCCUAGAUGGCUGAGCCUACUGUUUAGGUCAGUGCACUUGGCAUUAAUCUAAAUCACAGGUGUCCAAAUAUACACACACACACACACACACACACACACAUACAUAUAUAUACAUAUAUACAUAUACAUAUAUAUAUAUAUAUAUACACAUAUAUAUAUAUAUAUAUAUAUAUAUAUAUAUAUAUAUAUAUAUAUACACAUAUACAUAUACAUAUAUAUAUAUAUAUCGAAUAAGAAAAGGCACACGUAUCUAUAGACACACAGUACACACAACCCAGCACUUCUUUCUGAAACACCGACAACAAUAUAACUAUACACAUAAACAAACACAGUUUUAUAUAAUAUAAAAGCCUGAUACUGUUGAAACUGGGAAAGUGUUCUCUCUUUAGGAGGAAGAUAUAGUACAGUACUGUAACAUGUCCUUGCUUUGUGUCCUGGAUAAACCUGGAUAAAACAUAAUGUGUGUUAAUUCUAUAAAUAUUACACUAGGCCUGUCUUGCUAGGGAAAUUAAACAGGAUUUAACAUGGUGAAGGGGAAGUUCAGUAAUGAAAACAGCAAGUAAAAUCCUAAGAAGAUGUGCAGUUUGGCCUUUAAGCUGCCCUGCUGUUACUAUGGUCACUGAUCCCAGAAACCAGGCAGUGGGUUGGACAAAAGAUUGUAAAAUAAAAAGGAGAAGGACUAACCUUAACACCAGUAAGCAGUAGCCGGGAGAAAGGGAAUAAAUUCUAAAACACAAACGGUGACAAUGGAGUAUUUACUUCUGUUACUUCCAAAAUGAUUUUAAGGUGAACGUUCCCCUUUAGUUUUGUUAAAUGUUUUGAAAGUGCACAUUACUGGAAUGUAUUUAUGGUGUUGAUAUUUUAAACUGGAAAAGGGGACAAAUGGCAUUUCUGUGUAUCAGUUCAAAUGAACAGUAGCAAGAAUUUUGGGUGUAAUACUGCAUGUGUCCUAUGGGUGUCAGUGCAGUAUGAAAGGCGAUUUCUGUUGUGUUAAUGAUUAAAUACUGCAAAGCCCAGUAUUUUAGAAUUGUUGGGCUGUAGAUUAAUUUUGUUGCAUUGUCAUACAAGGUUGUCAGACUCACACCAUUAGAGACCUUGUGAUGCACAACUCCCAGACUCCCAUCGCUUCAUAGGAUACAGGGAGUAAGAGCUCACAGCAUCUCAAGGGCUGCAAAGAUAACUGGUAACCCUUAAAUGUAAAAUAUGAAGGGUGAAACUUUUUAAUGUUAUAAUAAAUGUUAGUUUUGCUUAAUAGAACAAGUGGCUAAAGUCUUUAUCAAUAGUAACAGCAUAUCAGAAUCGAAAGCGUUGCGAAUCCUCCCUGUUCUCCGAAUACGCUCAUCUGCAACCAUUCCUUUUAGAUAACACUACAGCACUGCUAUUGUCUUUGUUAAAUAAAUCUGUUUUUCAUGCAA